GCGUGUUUGGGCGCCUGCGCGGAGCGCGUAACCCGGAAGUGCUCCGGCGGGCGCCUUGUCUGCGGUGGCGGUGGGCCCCUGCGUGCUGCAGCCCCUCGGCCGUUUGCCCGCGCCUCCCCGCACCCGCCAUGUCCCGAGGCUCCAGCGCCGGCUUCGACCGCCACAUUACCAUCUUCUCGCCCGAGGGCCGCCUCUACCAAGUCGAAUAUGCUUUUAAGGCCAUAAACCAAGGCGGACUUACAUCUGUAGCUGUUCGUGGGAAAGACUCUGCAGUAAUUGUAACACAGAAGAAAGUACCUGACAAGUUACUGGAUUCCAACACAGUGACUCAUUUAUUCAGAAUUACUGAAAAUAUUGGCUGUGUGAUGACAGGAAUGACAGCUGACAGCAAAUCCCAGGUGCAGAGAGCCCGCUAUGAGGCUGCUAACUGGAAGUACAAGUAUGGCUAUGACAUCCCUGUGGAUAUGCUGUGUAAAAGGAUUGCAGAUAUUUCUCAGGUCUAUACACAGAAUGCUGAAAUGAGACCUCUUGGUUGCUGUAUGAUUUUGAUUGGUAUUGAUGAAGAACAUGGCCCUCAGGUAUACAAGUGCGAUCCGGCAGGUUACUAUUGUGGAUUCAAGGCCACAGCUGCAGGAGUUAAACAGACAGAGUCAACCAGUUUUCUUGAAAAGAAAGUAAAGAAGAAAUUCGAUUGGACAUACGAACAAACAGUAGAGACAGCAAUAACAUGCCUGUCUACUGUACUAUCCAUUGAUUUCAAACCUUCAGAAAUAGAAGUUGGUGUAGUUACAGUGGAAAAUCCUAAAUUCAGGAUCCUUACAGAAGCAGAGAUUGAUGUGCACCUUGUAGCUCUGGCAGAGAGAGACUAAUUAGCAUUCCUGUUUCCAUUGUCUGUGCUUCUGCCCAGGAUAUUUGGUGAAAAGAAAACACUUUAAUGGCUUUCAAUUAUGGAUGGAAAACAAUGUUCACUAUAUGAUGUAUUUUACUCUGUACAAAUAAAACAGAGGUUUUUGAAAUAUUUGGUGUCUCCCUUUAAUGUAAUUUUUUUAACUCUCAGCUCUAUAAAGUUUUCAUCAAAAUGCUUGAUGACUUUGUUUCUGUCAUGAUUGCUUGCAUUUUAGUUGUAUUUUAAGAGAAAUUUUAUACUCUGCAUUGUAUUUUUCAUCUAAGCUAGUUGGCUUCUAGUGUAGAGUUUUAUAUCAGAUUGUGGUAUGUGUGGCUUGAGAUAACUUGUACAUUUACAUGCAUUCUCUUGCCCUGAUGUUGAAGGGCUUAUAACAUUACUGGCUUAACUGUACUGUUACUGUGGAGAAGUUAAGAAGAAAAUAAGAUCUUAAUAUUUGCUCAGAUUUGUAUGAGGAUAUAGGACAAAAGUUGAAGCAAAAAACUUGAGCUGCCAUUCCCAGUGCAUUCCUUUAGACUGAUUUAUUUGGGGCGCAGGUAUUGAAUUUAACAGACUUCUAUGAUUAAACUGCGUUGAAGCUAACAUUUAUUUAGGGGGACAGAUUAUAUAUGCAGUGUACUUUGGGAUUUGGCUGUCACCUACCUGGUUUUAAGGCUUUGGGCAGUGCCAGAAACAAUGUUGGGGCUGGAUAGGGCCCCACAGAAAAAGUCCAUUAAUAAGAGUGUCUCUAGGAAGCAAUUUCCCUUGUUCCUUCAAAGGUUCUGAGUUAGGAGAAAGGAGAAGACUGCAAAAACUUGAGUCAAGGUGAAGGAAAAUGCAUUCUUGUUUUGCUGCAGUUGAAGGGGUUUCGGCCUCCGCAGCCAAAAGGGAGAUGAUAUGAGGGAGGAGACACUGAGGAGAAAGGGAAGAUUACUAGGCAUUUUAGCUGUGGGGUAGACAUGAGAACUGUCUUGGAAGAAUGCCAAGCUGAUACAACUUAGCUCCUUACCUUCAUUCCUCUGUUGUGCUAUUCCUAUAUUGGCUUUAAUUACUCUAAAAUUAUCUUUGAUUUUGUUUUUUUAAACCUUUGGGGAAGGCCUCAAGUCAUCAGAAACUGGGGUUGCUUAAUUUUUAUUUUUUUUUUUUGCUUUGCAGUUAAAGCCCCUUCAAUGUGCAUUUUUCAAGUUCAUUGUAGUAAAAGAGAUGCAAUUCUGUGUUUGAUGGUUUUAAUAAAAAAUAAUGCUAACCUUAUGUGAUAACUGAGUUGGGGAGAUUCAAAUGUACUGUGCGUUGUUGACUUUAAAAGGCUUCCUGAAUUUCCAUUUGUGCCUGCAAAUUUCAGCUUCCCUAAUGUCAAGUAAUGUAUGGAUGAUAAAAUGAAGCAACCCUUGAUACUGGUUUUGGGUUGGUUAUCUGAGAAUUCUGUGUGGUUUUGUGCAACAAUUGACAGCAUGCUAAUGGUGUGUUUGGAAAGGUCUGUAUUGUUCCAAGUGACAGCUGAGUUUCUGAAAGUUCCUCAGACCUUUUUUCCUAAUAUUCCAGUUGUAGAACAACCUGGAAAUCAUAAUUUACUCUGUCAUAAAAUAAUCCAGUGAUACUUUGUUCUUGGACAGCUUUAAUUAUGUGUAUAAAACUUCACUAAUGACUUCUUGAACAAAACAAAAGGAAGGUGACAAUCUGGGAGCCAUAUAAGUAGAGCAUAUUUGCAUAGUAUUUAGUAUUAAAACUCCCUGCAACACCUUUAAUUCUAACUUUUGGAGCUUGUAUGUGCUUGUAUAACUGAGGUGGUAGUUCUGAGCACAGUGGGGGUGUGUUCAUGCCUUAAAUUUUGCAAUGCAGAGCAUCCCAUCUUGUGUUCAGAGGUGAUGAAAUAAGCUGUCUGCGAUAUAUUAACUGGGAAUGUUGUCUCUUUUAUAAGCAAAGGCAAAAUUGCAGCAACUGAAAUUCCAUUUUUGCUAGUAUUUUGUCCUGUAGUGAAAAUUCAUGGUUCUCUUUUUCAUACUAACAAUGGGAAUUUUUCAGUCAAAGCUUUUUGUUUAAGGCAGAUAUGCAGAUGGAGGUACCUGAGCUAAUGGGAAAAUCCCAUGUAUUACAUGUGAUCACAUUCCUCCCACCCUGGAGCAGACAGCACCUGCAACCAAACUGUACCAGCCAUGUCUGGUGUUGAGCUGUACCUGGAAUCACCUGCACUUACUGAGAAACUAGAGUACCAUGAUAUGAUCCUAACACGUUGGUUUGGGUAGAACUUAUCAAGAGUGAUACCAGACGGGCUCCAUACAUUUGUGGUUUGUUUUGCCAGUGCCGGUAGAUGCAGUUACAGCAUGAAUGCAUGGGUAGUUAAGCAGGAAUAGGAUGAAGUCGUAUUUGCAUACUUGACAGAGACUGGCUCUGCACAGCCUUGUAACUGUGUCCAUGUGACAUUCCUAGUGCUCUUCAUUUGUGGUGUAGAGUGGAAGGAUUCAAAUCGAAUUACAUGCAGUCAGCUUAGGUAAAUCAGUAUUUACUGGACUGUGAAAAGCAUCUGGAUUUCUUAUGAGCAGCGCCCCCCUCUGAGGGGACCCCUGAAGCAGUAACGGCAUGAAUUAUAGACACAUCACUUAAUAGGGAAUCUUAACAUAUAUCGUGUGUGGGUCAGCAGGAGCUGUCAGUGUAUUCAUCUGGGAAAGAAAAGAUGUUAAGGCAGGCAGUAAUAAACCUCUCUAGGAUUUCAGAUACUUCUUAAGUGCGACACGUACUGAAUCAACAUGUAAUGCACAAGUCAGACCACACCUUUUCACUGUAAAGCCUGCUGUGAUGGCAGUCUAAGCACAGAAAGGUAGAUGGGGAGUUCAGGUGGAGUGAGUACAUGAAAAUAUAUUACAGUCAUUUUAAUGACAGGGAUUAAUAUGUUGCACUACCUUCUCUGUCCUAUUUCUCACUAAGCCAAUGUCCACCUGUACCAAAUAAGAAAUAGUUUGGUUCAGUGCACAUUGUUGGAAGUAACAUGAAAGAAUUGGAUCUGUAGCUUGCUGGCAUCUGAAGGAAA